AUGAGAUUCUCUACAUCCAUCAUCUCUGGCUUAGCCUUGCUAGCCGGCUCUGCUGUUGCUCAUCCCGGCCACGACAUCUCCGAAGAAGUUAAAGAGCGUCGCGAAUUUCUCGGCUCCGUUAAGCGCACCAGCUUAGACCACUGCGCUUCUCAGCUGAAAGCACGCGGCGUCGCAAAUCGUAACGUCCAGCGCCGAGCUGCCAUGCUCCAAAAAGCUCGGGCUAAGAGGGGCUUGAAGAAACGCGACCUCGACUCUAUCUUGGCUACUAGCCACAAUUCUACCGACCUUGGCUACACGCCCUCCACCAGCGCCGCCACCCUUUUCGCCGGGUAUAAUUCCUGCCUCUUAACCCCUGAAGUCACUCAGGGUCCCUACUACGUCGGUGGCGAGUAUGUCCGACAAAAUAUCAUCGAGGACCAGGCUGGAGUUGAUACCAUCCUCGACUAUCAAGUAAUCGACGUCAACACCUGCGAGCCCGUUACCGACGUCUAUGUAGAGAUGUGGCAUUGCAAUGCUACCGGCGUAUACGGCGGUAUCGUCGCAAGCGGUAACGGAGACUCUUCAGACGAGACUAACAUUAACAAUACCUGGCUCCGCGGUAUCCAAAAGACUGAUUCCGACGGCGUCGCUCAGUUCGAGUCCAUAUUCCCCGGGCACUAUACGGGCCGCGCCACUCACAUCCACAUCAUGAUUCACCAGAAUGCCGUGCUCUUGGGCAACUCGACCCUUGGUAACAACGUGAGCGCCAGCCACGUCGGUCAAGCUUUCUUCGACCAAGAUCUGAUUUCUUCCGUCGAGCUUACCGCGCCGUACUCUACCAACUCCCAAGAGCUGACCACGAAUGCCGAAGACGGUAUUCUAAGCCAGGAGACGGCAACCGAAGGUGUUGACCCGUUCUUUGAAUACACGCUUCUCGGCGACAGCAUCACUGAUGGUCUCUUCGCCUGGGUCGCUUUCGGUAUCAAUGCCACCUCAUCUCAGUCGGUGACUCCGGCUGCUUUCUACUACAAGGAAGGCGGUGUCGCAAACCCCGAUUCCGGUGCCGGCGGCCCUGGAGGUCCUCCUCCGAGCGGCGUGCCGAGCGGAAUCCCCAGCGGCACAUCAGCCCCGCCUGCUUCGACCUCGGCAUAA